UGGCUGAGCCCUUUGGAUCGGGCAGCAGCUUACGCCACCUAGGAUCGGGCGGUGGCGCGCCGCUCCCCGAUCGACGCGCCACAUGACGGGCUUUCUAUGCAUCUCCCUUGGCGUCCUCGAGCAAAGCAUUCUGGGAAUGUCAACAAGAACGCCUGUGGCUUGUGUGCUUGUGCCAACUUGCAUCGCCUUGUGUCAGCGCUCUCGGCACGUUGUGUACUUUCGUCUCGAAAUUUGCGGGGCAACGUGUUUUUCUAGGAUUUACGAGCUGCCCGUGUUCGACCGCCGGACGGCUGCGAAGAUCCCCGGCUUCGAAAUACGUUGGCAAAACGUGUCGGAGUGCUCGGCCAUGGAGGCAGCAUGGGGGCAUGCCUGAGCCAGGACGAAGAGGAGCGCCGGGCCCGGCUGCGCAGCUCCCAGAUCGACCGCCAGAUCGCCGAGCUCGCCCGUCAAGAGCGCAACGUCAUCAAGAUCCUGCUCCUCGGUGCGGGCGAGAGCGGCAAGAGCACCAUUGUGAAGCAGAUGAAGAUCAUCCACAACGAGGGCUUCUCGGACGAGGAGCUGCGCAGCUUCCGGCCCACGGUGCUGGACAACCUGCUGGGCUCGAUGAAGUUUGUGCUGACCGGGAUGGGCAUCCUGCGGAUCAACCUGGAGAAUCCCAAGAACAAGGCGUACGCCCAGACGGUGCUGGGCUGCCAGUGCUGCUUCGACGAGGGCACGGCCAUGCUGCCCUUCGUGGGCUCGGCCCUCAAGAACCUCUGGAACGACAAGGGUAUCCGGCUGGCGGCAGCCAGGGGAUUCGAGUACGAGCUGAACGACUCGGCCCUCUACCUGUUUGAGAACAUGGACCGCAUCUGCUCGGAGAAGUAUGUGCCUUCGCCGAGGGACGUGCUGCGUGCGCGCGUGAGGACCAACGGGAUCAUCGAGACCCACUUCAAGAUCGACGACAUCGUCUUCAGGAUGUUCGACGUGGGCGGCCAGCGGUCGGAGCGGCGCAAGUGGAUCCAGUGCUUCGACGACGUCAAGGCCCUGCUGUACGUGGUGGCGCUCAGCGGCUACGACAUGACGCUCCAGGAGGACCCCAGCGUGAACCGGUUGCAGGAGAGCCUGAAGCUGUUCGCCUCCAUCUGCAACAACAUGUUCUUCACCGACACUUCCCUGGUGUUGUUCCUCAACAAACUGGACCUGUUCCGCGACAAGAUCCUCUACUCGGAGCGCCACCUUCGCUACUACUUGCCGGACUACAAAGGGCCGGACUACGACGUGGACAGCGGGGCCCUGUUCAUUCAGCACCGGUUCCAGAGCCGCAACCGGGACCCGGGCAAGCUGGUCUACCCGCACUUCACCACCGCCACGGACACCAGCAACGUUCAGGUGGUCUUCCAGGUGGCCAUGGACACCGUGCUCAGGGGAAACCUCAAGACUGCCACCCUUCUCUGAGGGCCAGCAAUGCCCUCUGCCCGCUUUGGGUCUUUUCCGGACCUGGGGUCUGGUUUUGUACGUGCGAGUCUCCCUCACUCCAGGAAACGUGAAGCGUGCCAACUCGUCCGCGCAGUCCGACAGACUUGUGCAGAAUGCCUCGCCUCCAUUCUCGAAACAUCCAGUGACCGCAACAAGCCGGUCACCACUUGUGCCUAAUGUCAUUGUUAGCUUCAGUUACGAGUGACAAUCUUCAUCGUCUCCUUUCAUUGUUCGUUUGGAUGCGCCACGCUCAACUGGCGUGAACUCGAUGCAGCUUUCGUCUUUCGAGCAACUAUCGUUUUCGACUGGAAUCUCUUUCGCUUUGCUGCGUAAGGGUUGGUUCAAUUUGCGCGUCUUUCUGUUUAUGUACAUAGCCCAUGUUACUGUCAGAUUCUUGCAUAUAUGUGGCAUAGGGUUCCCCUCUGUUUUAGAGCUUCGUACAAAUCGGUAUGUGUGUGCAUGUGUAGCCUCGGGGUAUGCAAGUUUUAGCUGCGCACGGUUACGUUGGGCUGUUCCGCAGAAUCUACAUUCCACUCCUGACAGCUUUAAGCGGGUGGAAUCAUUUGGCGCCCGUCUGCAACGUCGAUCGCGUCGUUUGAAUCUCGAUUUCACGCAUCAUACGCUUCCUUUCGGCCCUCGGACAGCUUCGUGCAGCCGACAGACGGGAAGUUUACGAAGCUGCUUCGGUCAUUGUGAGCGUCGGCAACUACGAAGCCACACCCACGUGCCUCUACCUUUUGCCGCCUCGCCGCAGAACAAUGUUCCGGCACAAAGUCGUCUCCCGAUUCGCGACGAGGGUGCCAGCUGCAAAGUCUCGAAACGAUCGAUCGAAUUUGAAGUGGCUGCACGAUCGGUUGACCGCCGUUGAAACGGAACAUUGGGGCGGGCAAUACCCCCCCCACACAGAGUAACAUUGGUGGUCCCCGUUUCUCAGGCACGAAGCGUGCGAUUGGAUUUGAAUCCUCACCAAAUGCUGACACGGUACUCAUUUUUGAGCAGCUACCAGAUGGGGGCCUUUUCGAGGCUGAUUCAAUCACUGCACUUUCCCAGGUUAAGCUCUCAUAGGGCUUUUACGCAACACUUUUUCCGCAACAUUGCAACAACUCUGAAAUUGAAAUGCCGGUGAUACUCGUUGAGCUUUGUAUCAUUCUAAUCUUUGCAGAUGCUCAAUAUCUCGGUUUUCUUUGAGUCUUUGCCUCGUGCCGGCUGCCACCCGGAGCAUUAUGUGCAAUAUGUUUUCUUUACUUUGGUGCUUGCGGCACAGCAUCCCAGUGUUUUUCUCUCGCGCUUAGAACGUUGGAUUAGCUCAUUCCGCGAUCUGCAACUCUCUUCGCAAGUGCGGCGAGAUUACGUCCGGCCGAAACGUUUUCGUUUACUCGUUGGGUGUUGUUGACGACCUUUGGGCUUGUUUGGGAAUUCUCGUGAAAGACACCAGAGGUAGCCAAAUUUGAGGAGCUUUUCAGAACUGGAGGAAACUUGUUACUGUACCAACUGUGCCUUCUAAGAUACGAGAGGAAUCACUCGCACUAUCCAUUCCAUCUUAGUGUUGCCAGGCACUACUAGCUGCAGUGGCAAUGCCGAGACGGUACACUGCCAAUCACCGUGCUGCAAACCAGACAAUGCUUUGCAGUAAUUCCAAUCGUAUAUAUUUGCAACAGUUUGUGGCUUUGGAUUACAUUUGACGCGGGACUUUUCUCGCUAGAGUCUGACACUACUGGUGUUAAGACACUGCCAGAGGGAUUAUGAAGGGAAUGAGCUUACAGAACAGUCUGCCCCUUUUUUUAAGACCUGCCAUGAACACACAUUGUUAGGCACGUCCUCAAAUGGGCAUACGAAGUGCAUUGCUGCAACGGUGGCGCAACAGCGUGACAAAUUUCAUUUGGUUACAUUAAAUUGCCCGCACUUUAGAGUUCUAUCGGCUAUUCUGCGAGGCUGCUGUAAGAAUGUUUUUGUAGUCUGCAGCAAAACAUCGGACAAGGUAACGUCGCCUCAGCUUAGAAUUGGCCGUAAAACGGUUACUUCACUAUUUAUUACUACGGAAUGUCCUUUCCUAUUCACUAUCUUGCGUUUCAGAUGUUUACCCACAUUGUCCCGCCAAUCUGUCUGUGUUGUUUUUUGUGUCCUGCAAAGCUUCACGUGCGAGAGGCAUUUUUACGUCGAUUUGUCGGAGUUUUUCGGCAAAAUUGCUCGUGUACGAGUGUAUUUUUUGGUAUUAUUUAAGGUUGCGCAGUAUUUUGGUGAUUGUUUCCUAGGUGGCUUUUGAUAUAGUACUUACAUUGUGCAUUAUGCCAGCUAUUUAUGAGUGUAAAAAACUUUUUUUACCGUGUGCAACUGCCCUCAAUAUACUCACCUAGAGUCCAUGAUUUUGUCAAAUUUGUUAGAGGUUUUUUUUAAGUUCAACAUCGCGCGAGAUUCACGGCCAUUUCCUCGCAUCCUCGCGCGACGUUUGUCGUUCCUGCAUUUUUGCGGCAACCUUUUCGGUACCGCUUUGUGACUUUCAUUUGUGCAUGCUGAAAUGCCUAGCUGAAGGUUUUUGUCCGUUUUUUUUUUGGUCUCAUUCAGAGUUACGAGGAGAAUAUAAAAGUGACAA